AUGGAGAACUACCCCCAGCCCAUCAGCAUCAACAUGCAACAGCCCUACGGUAGGAACGGGGCAGGAGCCCCGAUGACCUCCUUCGGCCCCACUGUCACCACUUUCAUCCAGCCGGAGCCUGUCCCCAACCCCCAGGACUUUGUGCUCUGGUCCUUCUUCAACACCAUGUUCUGCAACCCCUUCUGCCUGGGCUUCAUCGCGCUGGUCUUCUCUGUUAAGGCCAGAGACAAGAAAAUCGCCAGGGACCCAGAAGGUGCCAAAAGCUUCGGGAUCGUAGCCAAGAACCUCAACAUCGCUGCGGUCUGCCUGGGCACCCUCUCCUUCAUCCUGGCCAUCGUGGUGCUGGCUGUCGUCUUCAGCAGAAUACAGCAGUACAACAGGCUCUAACCCCACCUCACCCAGCAGUUCCAGGGCCACCUUUCUCCUUCCCCUCCACCUUGCUCACCCCAAUCUUUGCUGCCUGACCUUGCUGGGUGAGACAUGUGGCUCCCAUGGGACCUUUCUCCCUGCUCCCACACAACAAGUGGGUGUCCUCUGAUCAUCCUCCCUGUGCACCCCAAGACAGCCUUCUUCAAUAAACUCACGGGGUGAGCUCACAG